CUGAAAACGCUUAAAGAAUAUUCUUUAUAUUAAAUAUAUGAAAAUCUUCCAAUAUUUUCUUUCUAUAUCAGCUUCAUUUCACAUUUAUGAUUAUUGCAGUCCAAUCCAAUAGAAUCCAAAACAACAGCAUUUAUGACAGAGUAUGAUACAUACUUCAAAUUAUUUCUCCAACUAUAAAUCUCUCUCUCUUUCUCUUUCUCUCGUCUAUCUAAUAAAUGGACAUAGCAAGUGCUCAGAAAAUAGUUCUUGUGUCACUGAUAUGUUAUAUGUUUCCGGUGAUUUAUGGUCACUAUGCAGUUUGCAAAACUUUCCUUGCACAACUUUUCUCUCUUAAGUUUCUUAAUUUGUUUCGUUUUUCACCUGAGUGUAAUGAUUUCUCUGUAUUUUGGGUAUAGCCACUGUUGAAUGAAGCUGCAGCAGAUGCUGUCAAACAAUUACUUCCCAAGUCUGCGGAUAAUGAUUUGGGAAGUAUGUGUUCAUGGGCAGAUAGGGUUAAAUUCAGAUAUCACUGGUCAUCCCCACUUCAUUACAUUGAUACACCUGAUUCUCUCUGCACCUAUCAAUACAACAGGGACUGCAAGGAUGAAGACGGAGAAAAAGGAAGGUGUGUUGCAGGGGCAAUAAACAAUUACACUGAUCAACUUCUCAGCUACAGAACCUCAAUAUUUUCUCAAGCCAAUCAGUAUAAUCUAACAGAAGCUCUUUUGUUCCUUUCUCAUUUCAUCGGUGAUAUCCACCAGCCAUUACAUGUGGGUUUUACUUCAGACAGGGGUGCAAAUACUAUUGAUGUUCAUUGGUACAGGAGAAAAACAGUUCUUCACCAUGUAUGGGAUAAUAGCAUCAUUGAGACAUCCGAAGAAAGGUUUUAUGAUGCAAGUGUAGAUGACCUGAUCACUGCUAUCCAGAGAAAUAUUACGGGUCCAUGGGAAGACCAAGUACCAAAAUGGGAGAAAUGCAGCCUCAAUAAGACUACUUGCCCAGACAUAUAUGCAUCUGAAAGUAUCAAAGCUGCAUGUGAAUGGGCAUGCAAAGAUGUCAGUGAGGAUUCAGUACUAGAAGAUGACUAUUUCCUAUCCCGGUAUCCUGUGGUCAACAAGCGCCUAGCUCAAGGUGGAGUCCGUUUGGCAGCCACACUCAACCGUAUUUUUUCAUGAAUAUCAAAUAAUGUAAACCAAUUAUUAUUGCUCCGUGUGACGAAUAAGAUAAUACACUAUCUAUAUUAAUACAUAAAGCAAGGAGGUAUUUGUCUUAAGCGAGUUAAUGACCUUGAUCUAGGUAGAUGUUCUUAAU